UGGAGCCGGUGCCUAAUUAAAAUUGCUAGUUAAGCUAGAUUUUAAUUGCAUAGUCCAUCUAUGAGCUAAAUUUCUUUCAAAUUGAUUAAAAGAAGUAGGUAUGUAUUUACUACUUAAAAACACACACAGUGACAGGUGUAAUACCAAGCAGUCUCCUAUGUGGGGGCGGGGGGGUGAUCAGAUUCCUCACGCACCGAAGGACGCUCUAGGCGGCAACAUGAGGCUGUCCCCUACAGUCGUUAGAUAACAUCGUUUAUUUGAAAAUACUGGGACUAGCUAUGAGAAAUUUUUGAAUUGCUCCUCCCAGAGUCAUCACCUCUCCCUUCCGCCUCCACGGCUCAUCCCAUUGUUUUCAAGGUGGGUCAUGUCGAUAUAGACAUUUUUAUACGCAAGUUCCAAAAACGAUUUGGCUUUGAGAUUACAUUUAUAUGAGUGCAAAUAUUUUCCAUUAUUACUGAAGUAAAACUGUACUUAAAACAUAAAAGUUCUAUAAAAACUUCGUAAUGUUCCCUGACGUUUGCAAAAAGUAGACGAAACCACGCUCACAUCGUAAAAACGAUUUUCCAAGAAAUUUUGAAUAACCUUUUCUUAUAUUUAUGUUCAAUUUACAUCGGCAAUAAUUUUAUUAAUUUAGUUUGAUUGUCCAAAAAAAUAAUCAACAUUUUGUCAAUCACGCAAACCUGAAGGUAAUGUAGGUUGAAGAUUAAUUAUUAAACAGUUUUAAUUGGGUUGAUUGUUUAUACCUAUACAAAUCACAAGGAAUAUUGUCAGCCAUAAGUAACUUUAACAUUAAUUGUUCGGUACAUCUUUCAAUGACUAAUUAUAAUAAACCUAGCUUUUGCCCGUGGCUCCGCUCGUAAAAAUUCAGGAAUGAUUUUCCGGGACAUUUUUCUGGCAUAAAAAGUAACUUAUAGCACUCAGAAAUAGCAGUAGUUUACUAUUAGUGAAAAAAUUCAACUAAGAUUGGUUUAAUAGUUCCUAAGUAAGUGUAUUCAAACAAACUCAAGAACAUUAUAAUAUUUUAUAAACUAGCUUUUUCUUACGGCUUAGCCCGCUUGAAAGCGUUUUCCAGAAUAAAAGUCUCUAAAUAUCCUAUUUAUCCUUCCCUGGGUCUUAAACUAUCUUCAUACAUUUUUGAAUCCAUAAAAAUUCAGUCAGCAGAUUUCGAGAUAAUCGAUAACAUACAGACAGAAAAGGGACUUAGUUUUAUAAUAUGCAUAGACUAUAAGAAAGUAAAUAUGUAUUAGCUUUGAUUGUAUUAGUAUAAUUAUUAUAAGUAUCUCACAGCCAUCUGCCUCAAUCGCACACCCAUUUUCUUGAAAUUUUAGAAUAUUUUCUAUUACUUUUUAAACGUAUUUUUUUCAUACAAACCUUCUGUUGACAAUAACGAACACAUAAAAGAAUUUAUCAAAUUUUGUGCAGUCGAUUAGAAGUUAUGCGUGUACAAACAUUUCAGUGAUUCAUUCUUAUUUAUAUAGAAGUAUAGAUUUGAAUAAUAAAUUUAAAACAAUUCCCGUUCUAUAUUUAAAUUGGACGCCUCACACUAUUGCGAGGCGACGUAAUUUGGAAACAUUCGCGUGACCCCGGCGGUGUUUGUACUACGAAGUGCGAUGCCGUACCACCCACCGGGUUAUAAUGACACCCCAUACUUGUCCGAUUAAUUUGCAUAUUACAACAAGAAUAGUUUCGCCGAGCCAUUGUUGUCACAGCUCAAACCAAGAUGGGACGGUUGACAUAGAAAUUGAUAAACACAAUAUUCUUGAAAAUACUAGGAACAAAAUAACAGCAAUUGAUGUGUUUUCCGAGAUGUUAAUUGAGGUUUUAUUAAUUUAAUUGAAAAAUUAAUUAAAUAUGUUUGUGUACGGAAUAAAACCAGGCUCCAGCGAUGAGGAGGAGGAGGAAGAUGUUAUGGAUAUUCUUCAGAAAAGAAGAGAAGAAUGCGAGCGCAAGGCGAGAAGGGGGGAAAUGGACCCCCGGCUGGAGUUCACGUUCCAGCUACUGAUAGACGGCACGGGGCUUCCGCGGCAUGCCAUUAUGGACCACGUGUUCGAGGGAAACAUGUUGGAUGACAUCAACCAGCUGUUCCUUCCUCACAUGAGGAACAAGUUGCUGUGGUAUUACCAAGACGUGGAGGAGGUGGAACCCCGCCCACAGCCGGAGACGUCGAAGCCUCGCCAGCAAGGGCAAGGCAAACAGCCGCCGCCGCAGAUAACAUUGAAGAAGAAGCUCUUCCUCUCGGACGGCUGGGACGUGAGGUUCACCGGCGUCUGUAUUUACAUGUUCCGGAUAAAUGUCAGCAAGCAGUUACCUGAGGAGGGGUUUCAUAAAGAUUUAUUCUGCGGUAUCCUGAACGCGGAGAAGGUGGGCAUGGUGACGGCGAUUGAGCGCGUGAUGGAGCAUGUGUACAUGAGCGCGCUGGCGCACCCGAGCAGCGACGGCGAUGAGGACGAGACGCGCUUCCCCAUCGUCAAGAACCAACUGCUGCCCGGGCUGAGGUCCUUCUGCAGCGCUUUGAAAGUUUGCGAAGAUGUGUGCAAUCAAGUGAACCUCUUCGAAGACGGGCAGCAUCUUAUGGCGGACAUCCAAGACCACUGUCAACUGAAGGAGAUGGCCAAGAAUGCCAACACGAUCACCAUGCUCGAGGACAGAGUCAGCGAGUGGAUCAAGAAAGUUAUGGAGAUACUUAGUGAAAGCGAGCAGUUACGUCGCGAGGUGGACUCCAGCGGGCCACAGGACGAGCUCGAGUAUUGGAAGAAGCGCGGCGCUCAGUUCUCACAGUUGGUCUCUUAUUUACAAGACAGCGAAGUCCAAAUGACACUGACGUGCUUACAAAUAGCAAACUCGAAAGUGAUCAAAUUAUGGCGGGACACCGAUCACAAAAUAACAUUUUGCUACAAUGAGGCGAAGGACAACGCGAAGUUCAUCCAGGCCAUGGAGAAAUGCUGCCAUUCAUUGUACCUAGACGAUCCUGUCAAGAUCAAGGACUCCAUACUGAGCCUCUUGCAAACAGUUAGGCUCAUACACAGCGUGUCCCAGUUUUACAAUACCUCCGAGAGGAUUUCAUCCUUAAUGGUUAAAAUAACAAAUCAAAUGAUCGAAACAUGCAAGCAAUACAUUACGUGCCGAUUUAAAGAGACGAUUUGGACUCAAGAACGAACAUUGGUCAGAGACAAAUUGAUCCACUGCCUUAACUUGAACAAAACAUAUCGCGAAACAUACGUAUUCGUAAAAAAUCAGCCGUUUCUUCCAAACACAGAGCAAUUUAGCUUCUCAGAGAACUACGUGUUUGGCAAAUUCGAUACCUUUUGCAAGAGGUUGAAUAAAAUCAUAUCGAUGUUUGAUUUAAUGGAUGAUUAUAAUCACCUGUUUGAGAAGAGGAUGGAAGGCUUAUUGCUCGGAGAAGAUCUCGAAGAUGCGGUACACACAUUCGAAGAGGCGAAAAAGGCCGUAACGACAUGCAACUACGAUUACUUGGACUACAGAAACAAUGAUUUCGAUAAGGACUAUCACGCUUUUGAAGCCAAGACGAACGCGCUGCGCGAAUCGAUUGGCAAUACUAUCGAAGCGAAUUUCGCUAGCGUAUGGGAAACGCCGCAGGGCAUUAAGUUUUUGACAAGAUUUGAGAAGGUGAGCCAAAAGAUCCAAAUAACAAAACUGAGCGAGAAAUACGAUCGUGUCUUGAAAUACAGCGAGAAGGAAGUGGACAAGAUAAUGAAAAUGUUCAAGCGGCAACGGGAAGACCCGCCUCUGCCGAGAAAUUAUUCGCCUGUGGCCGGUCGUAUCAAGUGGUCGCGGUGCCUGCUGCACAACAUGCGCGAGGUGGUGGAGGCGGUGUGUGCGCACGAGGUGCUGCGCGCGCUGCCCGCCGCCGGCGACAUCAUGCGCAAGUACACCGCCACGCGCGCGCUCAUACACAACUACGAGACCACCAUGAAGCAAGUCUGGAUGAACCAGAACUUAUGGGAUGUAGACGAGAGCUUGAACAACACGCUACUGAAGAUCGACGACGGCGGCAGUAUCAACGUGAACCUCGACUACACCAUCAAGCUACUGAUCCGAGAGUCGGACUGUCUCGUCAAGAUGGGCGUCGAAUUGCCCAUCGUCUGCUACUCGCUCUACGCCAAGAAGAACUACUUCACUCUAGUCAAUGACUCCCUGCAGUUUCUCCUGGAAGACUACUUGCGCACCGUUCGCCGCGUGAAGCUUGAGGUGCGGCCGCUGUUCCUGCCGCAAGUGGUGCGCCUCUCGUCGCUGCUGCUGCCCGGGCUGCGCUCCGUGUGCUGGACCAGCGACGACUGGCAGCUCUUCAUCGACCGCGCCAACGCCGCCAUUAAGAGCUUUGACGUGCUCGUCACCAGGGUCCACGAUAUAUAUUCUAACAGAAUCCUAUACAUGCUGUCCGGCAUGCAGGAAGUUUCUCUCAUCACAUUACCAGAAGACACACCAUGGUCUGUGGAUGAAUUUAUGGAGAAUGUGGAAACUGGUUGUCGGAACGCGUGUGUGGAGUUGAACCGGAAGAGUUUGAUGGUGGAAGAAGCCGUGGAGGAGGUGCUAGACCUGGUCAAGAAAGCCGCGCAACAAAUCAAACCCACGGAAAUCAACCCGGACUUUGAAUUUCUUAUCGCUGAAGAUGAUCAUCAAAGCUCCAGUGGUGCCGCUUCGACAAGCAAUGAUUCUACGUCCAGCGGUCAACAGGACUGGUCUGCGGUGUGGGAGUGUUUCGAGAGCCCUCACAGAUUGUUGUCCACCCCAGCCGGAGGGCUGUCAAAAGGCAUGCAGGAGAUGGUGAAAAAUGCUGUGAAUGAAAUGCGGCGCUAUUACAGCCGUAAGGUGGUUGACGUUCUGAUAAGGGUGACACGACGCUCCCUUGACCUUGUCAUCAAGCAGUUCAACACUGAGGCACUGGCUAAAAUUGACUGUCCUGUAAAGAAACCACUAUUUCUUCUACACGCUGCUCUCAUGAUACCAAACGUAUCAGUAACACCGACCCUUGAAGAAAUUCAAGAAGUACUGGUAUUAGCUGGAAAACAAAUAGCAGGCCUUUCUAAAGGCGUUGCUCAGUGGUCUGGAGGCAAAACGGCCAGGGUAAGCUGGAAGAAAAUAGCUGGUCCCCAAUCGAACCAGUUGUUAAACGUAGUCACGAAGCUUGACGGACAGGUUCAGUCAGGAACUCCGAUGGCCGGAACACAGAAGACUAUGAAGGUGGUAGAUGCUGCUAGGAUCAAAAGAAAGAAACACUACAGGCUUGAGUCUGAGGAGAAGCCAACAUUUCCAUUCCAACAGAGGAAUUUUUAUAAUCACGUAAUGGAGAAUAAAGAGAUAAUGAAGACUUUGUCAUUGUUGUCUAGUUGCACGCAGAACAUCAAAACGGAGUUAAACACUUUAGUGAAGAGAUGGCGUCCCUACCACUAUUUAUGGAAAUGUGAAAAAACCUUACGGCAAUUGCUGGCUUGGAACUUGAACGAUUUUGAGCUUUCUCUGAAGAGACAUAGUGAGCUCGAGUCAAAACUCUCAACAGAACCUGACGUCUUAGUUAUUGGAAAUUGUCUUGCAGUAUCCACAGAAAAGUUGAAAUUAGGUCUCAACACCGAAUUAAAAAAUGGCACACACAGAAUAAGUCAAGCAAUGCGCAAAAAAUAUAAAAGGGAAAUGGAUUAUGUGUACGCCAUUAUGAACGACCUAGAAAGGAAGUUAGAAAGACCGAUAAGGGACCUAGACGAUGUGAGGACAGUAAUGGAAACGCUGAAGAAGAUACGAGAACAAGAAGUCGAUAUGGAGUUGAAGAUUGAGCCUGUUGAGGAAGCUUUCAACGUAAUCACACGUUAUGAGUUACCGGUAAGCAAAGAAGAUUUGGAGCAAGUUGAUAACCUGCGAUACACCUGGCAACAAUUACAAGCCACAGCUCUCGCGUCUCACGUACAGCUGCUGAAGAUGCAACCACAAUUCGAAGACGAUCUGCAGAGCAACUUAGACAAAUUCAGGGAAGAUAAUGCGGAUUAUUGCCAUGAAUACAGGCACGCAGGACCGAUGCAGUCAGGCCUCAGUCCUAGAGAAGCUUCCGAUCGACUCAUAUUAUUCCAAAAUCGAUUUGACGGAAUGUGGCGAAAACUCCAAACAUACCAGAAUGGAGAAGAACUGUUUGGUCUACCCCACACUGAGUACCCCGAACUAGCGCAAAUUAGGAAGGAACUGAAUUUAUUACAGAAAUUGUACAAACUGUACAAUGACGUCAUAGACCGCGUUAGCAGUUACUACGACAUCCCGUGGGGUGAAGUGAAUAUUGAAGAAAUAAACAACGAACUCAUGGAGUUCCAGAAUAGAUGCCGCAAGUUGCCUAAAGGGCUGAAGGAGUGGCCGGCGUUCUUCGCGCUAAAGAAGACAAUCGAUGACUUCAACGAUAUGUGCCCGUUGCUUGAGUUGAUGGCGAACAAGGCCAUGAAGCCUCGCCACUGGUUACGCAUCAUGGAGGUUACGAAGUAUAAUUUCGACCUGGACAACGAGGACUUCUGCCUUAAGAACAUCCUCGAAGCGCCGCUUUUGCAAAACAAGGAGGAUAUCGAGGACAUUUGUAUAUCAGCGAUGAAAGAGAAGGAUAUAGAAGCGAAGCUACGUCAGGUUACAAAUGAGUGGUCGGUUCACGAGCUUACCUUCCAAACAUUUAACAACCGCGGCGAGCUGCUGCUUAGAGGCGACACCACUGCCGAAACCAUUGGUCAGCUUGAAGACAGUCUAAUGAUACUUGGAUCCUUGUUGUCUAAUCGAUAUAACGCACCCUUCAGAAAACAGAUCCAACAAUGGCUUUACGAUCUGCAAAGCACAAACGAAAUCUUAGAGCGCUGGCUUCUAGUUCAGAACAUGUGGGUGUAUCUCGAAGCGGUGUUCGUGGGAGGCGACAUCGCGAAACAAUUGCCCAAAGAAGCGAAACGGUUCUCAAAAAUCGACAAAUCGUGGCAGAAGAUCAUGCAAAGGGCUCACGAGACACCCGGCGUGGUGUCGUGCUGCGUUGGUGACGACCUGCUGAGACAACUCUUGCCUCACUUGCAAGAGCAACUGGAGUUGUGCCAGAAGAGUCUUAGUGGCUAUUUAGAGAGGAAAAGAACGAUGUUCCCGAGGUUUUUCUUCGUGUCGGAUCCUGCCCUGCUUGAAAUUCUUGGCCAGGCAUCCGAUUCACACACGAUACAGAAUCAUCUACUUUCUAUUUUUGAUAACAUCAGAUACGUCAAAUUUCAUGAUAUUGAAUACAACAAAAUGAUAGCAAUCGUAUCAUCUGAAGGCGAGGAAAUUAAACUAGAGCGUCCGGUGCGAGCAGAGGGGUCAGUAGAGACCUGGCUUACGUCACUGCUUCAGUCAGCUCAGAGCAGUUUGCAUUCAAUCAUAAGGAAUGCUGUUUCUAUUAUCAACGAUCCCACCUUCAAUUUACUGCUAUUCCUGGAUAAAAUGCCAGCGCAGGUGGGACUAUUAGGCAUUCAAAUCAUCUGGACCAGAGACGCGGAACUCGCUCUGAUGCAAGCGAGACAGGAUAAGAAGAUAAUGGCCGACACCAACAACAAGUUCUUAGAACUGCUGAACACUCUUAUUGAUCAGACGACGCGUGAUUUACUGAAGAUCGAAAGGAUCAAGUUUGAAACCCUAAUCACUAUCCACGUACAUCAGAGAGAUAUAUUUGAUAUGCUGUGUCGACUCAAUGUCCGGUCGGCGAAUGACUUCGAGUGGCUCAAGCAAUGUAGAUUCUAUUUCAAAGAAGAUACAGACAAAACUUGGAUAUCCGUCACAGACGUCACGUUUACGUAUCAGAAUGAGUACUUGGGUUGUACGGAGAGGCUGGUCAUCACUCCGUUGACAGAUCGAUGCUAUAUAACUUUGGCUCAAGCGCUGGCCAUGAGUAUGGGCGGCGCGCCCUGCGGCCCCGCGGGCACCGGCAAGACCGAAACCGUCAAGGACAUGGGCAAAACACUCGCCAAAUAUGUCGUCGUGUUCAACUGCUCCGACCAAAUGGAUUACAGGGGCUUAGGACGCAUAUACAAAGGGCUGGCGCAAUCCGGCUCGUGGGGCUGCUUCGACGAGUUCAACCGCAUUGAACUGCCGGUGUUGUCGGUCGCGGCGCAGCAGGUCGCGGUCGUGCUGGCCGCCAAGAAGGAAAAGAAGAAAACCUUCCUCUUCACCGACGGAGACAUGUCGGAAAUGUGCCCCGAGUUUGGUAUAUUCAUCACCAUGAAUCCAGGGUAUGCAGGUCGUAAGGAACUACCUGAAAAUUUGAAAAUACAGUUUCGAACCGUGGCUAUGAUGGUGCCAGAUCGACAAAUUAUCAUCCGAGUAAAGCUGGCUUCUUGCGGGUUCUUGGAGAAUAUAACGCUGGCUAGGAAAUUUUACACGCUUUACAAGUUAUGUGAAGAACAACUUACCAAACAGGUUCACUACGAUUUUGGACUCCGUAACAUCCUAUCAGUACUUCGCACUCUAGGUGCCGUGAAAAGAGUAAAUUCUAAAGACAAUGAAAGCACUAUUGUGAUGAGAGUUCUCCGUGAUAUGAACUUAUCUAAACUUAUCGACGAAGACGAACCACUUUUCAUAUCGCUUGUCGCUGACCUAUUUCCAAAUCAAGUACUUGAAAAGACUACUUACAAUGAAUUAGAAGAAGCAAUAAAAAAGCAAGUCGAUCAAGCUGGACUGAUAAACCAUCCUCCAUGGAUACUAAAAAUCAUUCAGUUAUACGAAACUCAACGUGUUCGUCAUGGUAUAAUGACUUUAGGUCCUCCAGGUGCAGGCAAAACCACGUGCAUACAUACACUCAUGAACGCUCUCUCAGAUAUUGAAGAACAACACAGGGAAAUGCGUAUGAACCCUAAAGCUAUAACAGCGGCUCAGAUGUUCGGGCGGUUGGAUGUAGCCACAAACGACUGGACCGAUGGCAUAUUCUCCGCGUUGUGGCGAAAAACACUAAAAAUCAAAACCGGAGAGCACAUUUGGCUAGUUUUGGAUGGACCAGUUGACAGCAUAUGGAUUGAAAACUUAAACUCAGUAUUGGAUGAUAACAAGACUCUAACUUUGGCUAAUGGCGAUCGUCUCACCAUGUCACCCACUUCGAAAAUCAUAUUCGAACCCGAGAACAUUGAUAAUGCGUCGCCAGCUACAGUAUCUAGGAAUGGAAUGGUAUAUAUGAGCUCUUCAGGAUUAGAUUGGGAUCCAGUACUCCGCGGUUGGUUAAAAACACGCUCAGUUCGGGAGGUAGAAGUAUUCAGCGCACUGUUUGAACAGACAUUCCCUAAUGUUUUCACAUGGUGCACACAGAACCUCACAUUCAGCAUGCGAGUUUUACAAUCAAAUAUAGUACUUCAAAUGUUAAAUCUUCUGGAAGGUCUAGUGCCUCCUCAGAUAAUGGAAGUAGAAGACCCGUCUGCCGCCAAAUCAGUUAACGGUGAUAUCGAUGAAGAGGAAGAAAAAGAAAAAAUAGAGGAAAUUGUACUAUUCACUCCUGAGCAUUUACACAAAAUAUAUGUCUUUGCUCUCAUAUGGGGAUUUGGAUCACUUUUAGAGACAAAUGACAGGAUACGUUUCGAUGAGUACAUUAAAAAGAAUUUCAAGGACAUUCUCUGUUUACCCAAACAUGCCAAUAAUAAAAAAUCAAUAAUAUUUGAUUUUUACGUAAAGCAUCCAGGAAAAUGGGAACUGUGGGACGACUUGGUCAUGAACUAUCAAUACCCCGAUACAGCAACUCCGGAUUAUUCUACGAUUCUCGUUCCCAUAGUCGAUAACGUUAGAAUAAAUUAUUUAAUUCAUUGUAUAGCAAAACAAGGCAAGGCUGUUCUGCUUCUGGGGGAACAAGGUUCAGCCAAAACGGUCAUGAUGAAAGCUUAUAUGAAAAAUGCCAAUCCUGAACAGUUUAUGGGCCGAUCUUUCAACUUCUCGUCAGCAACAAGUCCCUAUCAGUUCCAAAAAACUAUAGAAAGCUACGUGGAGAAACGUAGUGGUAUGACCUUCGGACCUCCCGGUGGGAAGAAAAUGCUGGUAUUUAUAGAUGAUAUAAAUUUGCCACAGAUUAAUGAAUGGGGUGAUCAGAUCACUAAUGAAAUUGUGAGACAAACAAUGAGUAUGGGAGGAUUCUACAGUUUAGAAAAACCCGGUGACUUUACGACUAUAGUUGAUAUACAGUUCUUAGGCGCUAUGGGACAGCCAGGUGGUGGUAGGAACGAUAUACCGUCAAGACUAAAACGGCAAUUCGCAAUAUUCAACUGCCCUCUUCCAAACAACGAGUCGAUAGACAAAAUCUUUAAAGUCAUAGGCGAAGGACAUUACAACGCCAAAAGGGGAUUUGCAACAGAAGUAAGAUCUCUAAUAAAGAAAAUAAUACCGCUGACAAGAGAACUGUGGAUCCGGACGCGACAAAACAUGUUGCCAACACCAGCGAAGUUUCAUUAUGUGUUUUCUCUGAGAGAUCUGUCCAGGGUAUGGCAAGGAAUGGUCGGAACACUACCAACCGUGAUAGAGUCGGAGAAAUGCCUCAUGCUUUUGUGGAAACACGAAUGUUCUAGAGUAUUCUCUGAUAGGUUCACUCAUCAGUCGGACAAAGAUUGGUUCAAUAAAACUUUGUAUAGCGUGGCUGAGGAAAUACUGGGAGUCGAAUAUAGGAAAAUGAUGGAAAAGGAACCUGUAUUCGUCGAUUUCAUGAGAGACGCGCCGGAACCAACAGGUGAAGAAGGCGAGGAUGCGGACAUGGAACUCCCGAAGGUCUACGAACCAGUGUUUGACUACAACGAACUUCGAGAACGAUUAGAAAUGUUCUUAUCACAAUUCAACGAAAUGGUUCGUGGAUCCGGAAUGGAUUUAGUCUUCUUUCCAGACGCAAUGUUUCAUCUUGUCAAGAUAUCGAGGGUCAUAAGGCAUCCAAGGGGUAACGUGAUGUUAGUAGGCGUUGGCGGUUCUGGCAAGCAAUCUUUAACAAAACUAUCUACAUUUAUAGCUGGGUAUCGCUCUUUCCAAAUUGCAUUGACUAGAUCUUACAAUGUCGGGAACUUUUUGGAAGAUCUAAAGUUGCUCUACAGAUCAUGCGGUGUUCAAGGAAAAGGGACCACGUUUAUAUUCACAGAUUUAGACAUAAAAGAGGAAGGCUUCUUAGAAUAUCUGAAUAAUAUAUUGUCAUCGGGAGUGAUAUCAAAUUUAUUCACAAAAGACGAACAACAAGAGAUUAUAUCUGAAUUAACGCCUAUUAUGAAGAGGGAAAACCAAAAACGAACGUUAACUAAUGAACUGGUUAUGGAGUAUUUCUUGAAUAGAACAUGUCAAAAUCUCCACGUGGUUUUGUGUUUUUCGCCUGUCAGCGAAGCCUUCAGGUAUCGUGCUCUUCGUUUUCCGGCGUUAAUAUCUGGAUGUACCAUCGAUUGGUUCCAACCUUGGCCGAAAGAUGCUCUUGUAUCUGUGGCUGACCACUUUCUUGCAGAAUUCGAGAUAGAAUGUACGAAAGAAGUAAAAAAAGAACUUGUUACCGUAUUAGGAACUAUACAAGACGUUGUAUCUAACGUAUCCGUGGAAUAUUUCCAAAGAUUUCGUCGGUCUUCUCAUGUUACUCCAAAAUCUUACCUCAGUUUUAUUGGUGGAUAUAAAACAAUUUAUCAAAUGAAGCAAAAGGAACUUGGCGAUGGGGCGCUGCGUAUGGAUACCGGUUUAGAGAAGUUAAGGGAAGCAUCCAUAUCUGUAGAGGUAUUAAAAAAAGACUUGGCUGUAAUGGAACAAGAUCUUGCUUUAGCUUCGGAAAAAGCAGAUAGAGUAUUAACGGAAGUUACAGAAAGAGCAAUGCAAGCUGAAAUAGUAAAAAAUCAAGUGCAGAUAGUAAAAGAGAAGGCCGAGGCUUUAGUAGCUUACAUAGCAGAAGAAAAAGAAAAGGCGGAAAUAAAAUUAGAAGCCGCGAAGCCUGCUCUAGAAGAAGCAGAAGCUGCGCUUAAUACUAUAAAGCCAGCGCACAUCGCCACUGUGAGAAAGUUGGGCAGACCUCCGCAUCUCAUUAUGAGGAUUAUGGAUUGUGUCUUGAUUCUUUUUCAGAGAAGGCUACAUUCUGUUAUUUCAGAUACAGCGGCACCUUGUCCAAAGCCGUCUUGGGCUGAAUCGUUAAAGAUGAUGGCCAGUACUACAUUCCUGCUUCAGUUACAAAAUUAUCCAAAGGAUAUAAUAAAUAAUGAAAUGGUAGAACAUCUUGUCCCAUACUUCGAGAUGGAGGACUAUAACAUGGACACGGCCAAACGAGUGUGUGGUGACGUAGCUGGCUUGUUAUCCUGGACUAAAGCCAUGGCAUUUUUCCAUAGUGUAAAUAAAGAAGUAUUGCCUCUGAAGGCUAAUUUAAUGCUGCAAGAGGCAAGGCUUAAGGUGGCUAUGGAUGACUUAGCUUCUGCAGAGAGACAGUUAGAAGAACGGGAAAUGUCUCUGCGAAAAGUGAAAGAACAAUAUGAAUCAGCUGUUUCAGAGAAACAGCAGCUAACUGACGCAGCUAAUGUAUGUUUAAGAAAAAUGACCGCCGCUACAGCUCUUAUAAACGGACUGGGAGGGGAAAAAAUACGAUGGACUCAACAAAGUAAAGAUUUUAAAGAACAACUUGGGAGAUUAGUCGGCGAUGUUGUUCUGGCUACUGGAUUUUUAUCCUAUUGUGGCCCAUACAAUCAGGAAUUCCGGAACAGCCUGCUUAAUACUUGGAUGGGUAUUUUAAAGAGCAAACAGAUCCCUGUUACAGAUGACCUCAAUAUAACUAACAUGUUAGUAGAAAACGCAACGAUAUCUGAAUGGACUUUGCAAGGUCUGCCUAACGACGAAUUGUCUGUACAGAAUGCUCUUAUAGUUACCAAAGCCAGUUCUUAUCCACUUUUAGUUGAUCCACAAAGUCAAGGAAAAAAUUGGAUAAAGAACAAAGAAAGUACAAAUGAGCUUCAAAUCACGUCGCUCAAUCAUAAGUAUUUCAGAACACAUUUGGAAGAUAGUUUAUCUUUAGGUCGACCACUCUUAAUAGAAGAUGUUGGUGUAGAACUAGAUCCAGUCAUAGAUAACGUUCUCGAAAAGAAUUUCAUAAAAUCUGGUUCCAUAGAGAAAGUGAUCGUUGGUGAUAAAGAGUGUGACGUGAUGCCCGGUUUUAUGCUUUAUAUUACAACAAAAUUACCUAAUCCUGCAUAUUCACCUGAAAUAAGUGCUAAAACUUCAAUAAUCGACUUCACUGUGACCAUGCAAGGCUUGGAAGAUCAACUCCUGGGACGAGUAAUAUUGAUGGAAAAAUCUGAUUUGGAAGAAGAAAGAGUUGCACUAUUCGAAUCUGUCAUGAAAAAUCAAAGAAGCAUGAAAGAAUUGGAAAGUAAUUUACUUUGCCGACUCACUUCUUCUGAAGGUUCCUUAGUAGACGACGAAGCCCUCAUCCAAGUACUUCAAAUAACAAAGACAACUGCAGAAGAAGUGAAUGAAAAGUUAAAAGUUGCUGAAGUAACAGAAAAGAAGAUUAUCAAGGCUCGCGAAGAAUUUAGAGCAGUAGCGGCGAGAGGAUCGAUUUUAUACUUCUUAAUUGUCGAAAUGAGUGACGUAAACAUAAUGUAUCAAAAUUCUUUGAAGCAAUUUCUAAAUAUAUUCGACAAUUCAAUAACGAAGUCGACAAAAAGCGCUAUAACAGAAGAGCGUAUAAAUAUUAUUCUCAAAUAUUUGACGCAUGAAGUAUGGGCGUUUACGCUACGGAGUUUAUACGAGAGACAUAAAGCCUUAUUUACAUUGAUGCUUGCUAUGAAAAUCGAUUACCAAAGGGGUCUGAUCUCUCACGACGAGUUCAUGGCUUUUAUCAAAGGAGGCGCUUCUUUAGAUUUAAAUGCCGUAGCCCCGAAGCCUUUUAGAUGGAUUUUGGAUAUUACAUGGUUGAAUUUGGUGGAAAUUAGCAAAUUGAAAACAUUUUCUGAUGUUCUUACGCGGAUAUCAACAAAUGAAAAAGAGUGGCGCGUUUGGUAUGAAAAGGCCAAGCCUGAAGAGGAUAUCAUCCCCAGUGGAUACAACGAAAAUCUUGAUGUGUUCCGAAAAUUACUUCUUAUUAGGUCUUGGAGUCCAGACCGUACUCUGUCGCAAGCAAGAAAGUAUAUCGUAGAUUCUCUUGGCCCAGAAUAUGGUGAAGGCCGAAUCCUGAAUUUAGAAACAACGUGGGAAGAGUCGGAACCGCGGACGCCUCUUAUUUGCAUAUUAUCUAUAGGUUCCGAUCCAUCGGCGCAAAUCGCAGCCCUUGCUAAGUCUAAAGAAAUUGUACUGAAAGCUGUGUCAAUGGGUCAAGGACAAGAAAUCGUAGCCAGAAAAAUGAUAUCGGACUCCAUGAAUGAAGGCGGUUGGGUACUUCUACAGAACAUUCACUUAUCUCUCCCCUUCUGUAUUGAGGCUAUGGAUGCUCUCAUAGAAACAGAACACAUCCAGGAGUCAUUCAGGCUUUGGUUAACAACUGAAGUCCACACGGAUUUCCCUAUAGGUUUAUUGCAAAUGGCGAUUAAAUUUACUAACGAACCUCCGCAAGGCAUCAGAGCUAGUAUGAAAAGAACUUAUCAAAACAUCACUCAGGAUACUCUAGAUUAUUCUUCUCUAUCGCAAUGGCCACCACUUUUAUACGCUGUUGCAUUUCUACACACAAUAGUGCAGGAGCGAAGAAAAUUCGGGCCUUUAGGAUGGAACAUACCGUACGAAUUUAAUCAAGCAGAUUACGCAGCCAGCGUCCAAUUCAUCCAGAACCAUCUAGACGAAAUAGAUCCUAAGAAAGGUAUAUCCUGGCCCACAAUCUGUUACAUGCUCGGUGAAGUUCAGUACGGCGGACGAGUCACUGACGACUUCGACAAACGAUUGCUAACUACGUUUACUAACGUGUGGUUCUGCGAUGUAUUAUUGCGGCCCGGUUUUGAAUUUUACAAGGGUUACAAGGUUCCACAAACAAGACAUUUGCAAGGAUACGUGGACUACAUCAAUCAGUUACCACUUACUGAUACGCCUGAAGUGUUUGGCUUGCACAGCAAUGCAGAUAUCACCUACCAGAUCAACAGUGCAAAGGAUAUCUUGGACACUAUACUGAGCGUUCAGCCAAAAGAAGGAGGUAGUCAAGGAGGGGAGACUAGAGAAAGUAUCGUGUAUAGACUAGCCGAAGAUAUGCUGGAAAAACUCCCAAAACAAUAUGUGACUUUCGAAGUUCGAGAGGCGCUACAAAAAAUGGGUGCUUUUCUUCCUAUGAAUAUUUUUUUGAGACAGGAGAUCGACAGAAUACAGCGAGUAAUAAAAACAGUUCACUCAACUCUGUGCGACCUUAAACUGGCUAUUGACGGGACAAUCAUUAUGAGUCAAGGACUCCGAGAGUCGCUGGAUGCGAUGUACGAUGCGAGGAUCCCACAGAAAUGGUUGAAGGUUUCCUGGGAAUCUGCAACGCUAGGUUUCUGGUACACGGAGUUACUAGAACGCGAGCAACAAUACAGAAUUUGGCUGCGCAAUGGUAGACCUUAUGCCUUCUGGAUGACGGGCUUCUUUAAUCCCCAAGGCUUUCUCACAGCCAUGAGACAGGAAGUGACGCGCAGCCACAAAGGGUGGGCGUUGGAUUCCGUGGUUCUUCAAAACCACAUCACCAAAAUGAACAGGGAGGACAUACACGAAGGACCUUCGGAGGGCGUCUAUGUAUAUGGACUUUUCUUGGAAGGUGCAUCGCUCGACAGAAAAUCAGGAAAACUGAUCGAAUCAAAGCCUAAAGUACUGUACGAACAGAUGCCAGUUAUAUACAUAUUCGCGAUCAACACGACUGCAGGGAAAGACCCGCGACUCUACGAAUGUCCUAUUUACCGUAAGCCGCAGCGCACCGACGCCAAAUACGUGGGCUCUAUAGACUUCGAGACGGACAGCAACCCGCGCCAUUGGACGCUGCGGGGAGUCGCUCUCUUGUGCGACAUCAAGUAGAUUUUGGCUCUUUUUCGUUACUGUUUCGGUUACAGUGAAACAUGUCAUACGUGCGUUUAUAAGUUCUGAAGAAUCUCAUAGCCUUUAAAUUGACAUUGUGUAGCUAAUAAUGAGGACAAUUAUAUUUUGUUGUGUA